AUGCAAAUUUUCGUGCGUUCAUAUGCGGGGGAAUCUCUCCCCGUUGAGGUGUCGGCCACCUCGACGGUGCUCGAGCUCAAGCAACACCUGGAGGCACGAUUAGGUGUUGCUGCGUCCGUGCAGCGCCUUUUCCUCGGCGUUUCUGCCGUCGAUGAUGCGGUGACUUUGGAGGAGGCGGGUGUUGAGGAGAUAGGGACAUCUGACAAUGAGGAGUCAUAA